AUGGAGGAACGUGAAGCACUGAAGAGGCAAAUUGAGCUCCUGCAAAAUCUCAUCAACAACCACAAGAGUGUCCAUGGAGACGUGCCGUCAGGUGGAAGCCAGCGGAACCCCUCUGCCUCUGCUGCCUGCUCUUGGCAGCACCAGGGACAUAAGCCUGUCUUCUCCCACUCGCUCCCUCUGCAUCCACAGCCUUCCAUGUCCUCUGCCGCUGGCCAGUGGAGGAAAAAAUACUCCCUUAGCAACAAGACAGCAAGAGCUGACAGAAAGGACUCUGUUACUGCUACCCAGUCCAGCAAGUCUCACAGCGCUGGGUUUUCACUGCAUAGCACUACAUCCGUUCCCACCAGUCAGACCCUGACGACAGUCAAGUCAGACAAAUCUAACAGCCCUUUACUUCUCAAAGCUGAAGUUGUGACAUCACAGGUUCAGAGGAAAGGUGUGAGUAACUGCGUAGUGUUAAAUGUCACUCAGACAAAGCCUAAACUCACAACAACUGCCAAAUUGACUUCACCAGUAAGAAGGACAGACUGUGCCUCUGUCACCUCACGUACUCUUCCAUCUGGAGAUAUGUGUGUACGUGCUGGGAUGGAUCAGUCUAACACAGUGGAAAUCAAGCCCUUUUCCCCUGGUAACUCUAGUUUAGUAUGCAGAGAGACUGCUGCUGUGGCAGGGAGUUCUUCACAUACUUCAACCUGUAAACUCAGUCGUUCAGUCGUGACCUCUAGUCCGACCCUGAACCCCAGUUCCAAACCAGACCCACCAAAACAGGCGGUAUCGUCCCCCCAUAAAAGAUCUCAGUUCACCUGGGUCAAAAGCCAAAAGACUGAAGAGACAAGCAGCCAGACACAUCCUCAUCACUCCUCCUCCCUGCUUUCCACUGCACCAUCACCCUCAGAGCUGGCCACUGCUAAGAGAGUCCCAGUAUCCAUCAGAAAGGUCCCUCGUAGGACUAGCCUGUCUUCUGGAGCCGCAAAAACGUCAUCAAAGUACACCUGGGUUUCCACUUCGACUGCAGCCAAAGCAGGGAGCUCACCUAAAAUCUUACAGAAGCCUCUUUCUCCUAAAGCUCUCAAAGCAUCUCCAAAAUCACCCCAUGAGGGAGUGGACAUGAGCAAGAAAUCCAAACCUACCGCCCAGCCACCAUCAAAAACCACCGCUUCCAAACCAAGAGUUAACCACUCCAGCCGCUACUGCUGGAAGGCAACUGGUCAGAACCAGACCGCAUCAGGGCCUGGGUUGACUCCUGGGUCAAAGGAAAAACAAUCAAUAUACCAGUGGACCUCUGAGAAGAAGAAUGGACCAAAGGGGUUAAAAGUGUUAAGCAGGUCCAGUUCAAGCCCUUCUCAGGUUCGCCAAAGCACAUCAGUCCUGACUGUUUCUCCUGGUGGCUUUAAACUGAGGAGCAGAAUGAAGAUUAUUAGAAGGACGUCCUGCAGUUCUGGUUCUGAAAGGAGGUCCAGUCCAAGCCCAGUGGUGCUGAAAAGCCAGUACUCUCUGAACAGACGCGCACACACUCCUGCCAGGAGCUUUGUGGGUGUCAGGCGGGUGCAGUCUCGGACUCUGGUCUCCUUUGGCAGACACAAACUCCGCAGGGUCUCCUCGGUCGCCUUGCAGGGACAAACAAGAGCAGGUCCUUCUUCCUCUGUAUCUGUCCGAGGCCCAGCAACUCAGAGGGUCAUCAAAACACGAUACAAGAUUGACACACGCAGAGGAAAUAAUACAGCAGCACACACACACAACCCAGCACUCUCCUACCGAGUCAAGAGACUCCAGUCAGCCAGGAUGCUUUUGCAGAAUCGUUUGCGUGCCCCCUCAGACAGACAGUGGAAGGGGAGGGGCAUGAGGUGGAUAGGUGGUGCACUGUACCAAGUCUCAGCCAAUAAGCUCUCUCGCACUCACACUGCUAGCACGCCAUCCAGCAAAACAGGGAAAUGGUUGUGUCCUCAGGAAGUUGUCUCAUCCACUGCCAGUCGAAGCUCUAACACACGGCAUGUCGCCAGUCGUGUGGUCCAGAGGAGUUUGGUGAUUGUGCGUCAGGCUCGACUGAAGAGGCAGCAAAAGGCUAAACAGUACUGCAUGUACUACAACCGCUUUGGCAAGUGUAACCAUGGAGACAACUGCCCCUACAUACACGACCCGGACAAAGUAGCCGUCUGUACCAGGUUUCUCAGAGGCACAUGUAAGCAGACAGAUGGGACUUGUCCAUUUUCCCAUAAAGUGUCCAAAGAAAAGAUGCCUGUGUGUUCGUACUUCUUAAAAGGGAUCUGCAAUAACAGUAGCUGUCCAUACAGUCAUGUCUAUGUGUCUCGCAAGGCAGCCGUGUGUCAGGACUUCAUUAGAGGAUACUGUCCCCAGGGAGAGAAGUGUAAGAAAAAACACACUUUGCUGUGUCCAGACUUCUCUAGUUCUGGUUUAUGUCCUCGUGGGAGCAAGUGCAAACUGCGUCACCGACAGCGGGUGAAACGAACCAGUCCCUGCGUGGAGCCAAACUCGGCCAAGAGAGAACGGCAUGGAGAAGGCCCACAGACAGCAGAGGACAAGAGGUGUGAGACAGUUGAGGACCCAGAUUCCAGUCAGGCGGAUAACAGGACGGGCCUCUCAGGCCCUGCUAGGCUUCCAUCCUUCAUCUCUCUGUCCAGUUCUCCAGACAGGCCCCAAUCUGAACACACCCAGGAGACAACCACACACCCUCCUGCUUCCAGCCCACCUGCCACUGUUGCCCCAGAAUCCACAAGCACAGGCAAAAAGCUCCACAUCAAGCCUCGCUUCUAGACCUGUCCUGGCACUUCUGUACAGUCUCUCAUUCAGAGGGGCUUGUGGAUUCUCUGGAUUUGCCCGUGCUGUGAGCUGUUUGACUGAUGUGUGGUCUCAUCCAGAUCACUGCAGUGAAAGAGGACACCGUUAUGAACAGACUGAUGCCAAACAGCCAUAACACACACACACACACACUUCUCUUUCACUGCUCAGGGAUACACACAGUUUUUAUUUUUUGUUUGAGUGCAAAAGUUUCUCAGGGG